UCGAUCACCGCGAAGUGAGAGGGCACAAAACGCUCGCGUCCUCUUCUUCGUCUCCCUUUCUUCUUCUAGUUGUUGUUCAAGGAUCUCCAAUCUCUCUCUCCAUCCUUCUCUUGUAAGAACGAUUGCAGAGGAGGCAUGGCGGAGCAGCUCACCGACGAUCAGAUCGCCGAGUUCAAGGAGGCCUUCAGCCUGUUCGACAAGGACGGCGAUGGUUGCAUCACGACAAAAGAGCUUGGAACUGUGAUGCGUUCUCUGGGUCAGAACCCUACAGAAGCAGAGCUUCAAGACAUGAUAAACGAGGUUGACGCUGAUGGCAACGGCACAAUCGACUUCCCAGAGUUUCUUAACUUGAUGGCUCGCAAGAUGAAAGAUACCGAUUCAGAGGAGGAGCUCAAGGAGGCUUUCCGAGUGUUUGAUAAGGACCAGAAUGGCUUCAUCUCUGCUGCAGAACUCCGUCAUGUCAUGACCAACCUCGGCGAGAAGCUCACCGAUGAGGAAGUCGAUGAAAUGAUUCGUGAAGCCGAUGUUGAUGGCGAUGGCCAAAUCAACUAUGAGGAAUUUGUUAAAGUCAUGAUGGCCAAGUGAACCCAGACGACAAAACAGAAAGUGAGAAAGGGAGGAAAUCUAGCAGCGGAUGAGUUAUAAAAUGUCACUCUAAUUCCUCAGCCAGUAGUGUAGCUGCAAACACAAGCAUCGGUGUCUUAUAUGUAUGGGGUGGUUGUUCCCUAUUGCAUCUGUCUUACAGACCCUACUUGUUUUCUAUCCGAGUGUUUGGUUUUGGUUCGGACUAUCUUUAACACAGUUUUUUUCGGCAUCA